GUUGCCCGGCGGCGGCAGCGGCCGUUCAGAAUGUCGAGGGCGCGAGGAGGCGGGGGAGCAGUCCCUCCCUCCGGCGGACGCGCAGCAGCAGCCGCUGCUGCUGGAGGAGAGGAGGCGGCGCCUGUGUCGGCGCUGGAGGUUGUGUCCUUCCUGGGGAAACUCCUGUGCGCAGUCGCGGCACUGAAGGCGGCUCUCUACCUGCUCCGCAGAGUCUGUCUAACCAUGGCCUGGAAGUCUGGAGGCACGAGCCACUCGGAGCUCAUCCACAACCUCCGCAAAAACGGAAUAAUUAAAUCGGAUAAAGUAUUUGAAGUAAUGCUUGCAACAGAUCGAAGCCAUUAUGCAAAAUGCAACCCAUAUAUGGAUUCACCUCAGUCAAUAGGAUUUCAAGCAACAAUCAGUGCUCCACACAUGCAUGCAUAUGCUUUAGAACUACUAUAUGAACAGUUACAUGAAGGAGCAAAAGCCCUUGAUGUAGGAUCUGGAAGUGGUAUUCUUACUUCAUGCUUUGCCCGGAUGGUUGGUGCCAAAGGACAAGUUGUAGGAAUUGAUCAUAUCAAAGAAUUAGUUGAUGACUCAAUAAAUAAUGUCAAAAAGGAUGACCCUCUAUUGCUGUCUUCAGGAAGAGUGAAACUAACUGUGGGAGAUGGAAGAUUGGGAUAUCCAGAAGAAGCUCCAUAUGAUGCUAUUCAUGUUGGAGCUGCUGCACCUGUUGUACCACAAGCACUUAUAGAUCAAUUAAAACCUGGUGGAAGGUUAAUAUUACCUGUUGGGCCUGCUGGAGGAAACCAGAUGCUGGAACAAUAUGAUAAGCUAGAAGAUGGCACUGUCAAAAUGAAGCCUCUGAUGGGAGUGAUAUAUGUGCCUUUAACAGAUAAGGAUAAGCAGUGGUCCAGGUGGAAGUGAUUUUCAGUUCCACUGUCUUCUUCCACACACUUGCAUAUACAAGGGAUGAAAUAUAAAAGCUACAACAUCUGAUCCAAACAUAGUGUUAACAGUGGACUGCUCAUCUCCAAUUCUUAAAAGCUUUUUCCAAACCAACAACAUUGCAGCUUGUUUUGGACCGUGUUACACUGUUAUCAGCAUGGAAAAGUGGUGUUUUUUUUUUUAAUUUUGUAGAGGUUUAAUGCAAGUUUGAUAAUGGACUGAUGGAAAAAAAUUAAACCUGGGCAAAUUGUUUCCUUUUAAUAUGCCCUUAUUUUCAUCUGUUAGUGAUAUAUUUCUGCAGAUAAGCAAAUGUAUCUGCAAUUUACAAUUCGGAAACUUUCUAACCAUUUCAGCUCUAAUGUUUGUUCAUCAAACUGCUUACCUGCACUUUCUUAUGCUAUCUGCACACUUAAGAUUUGUGUUCAGCUGACUCCUAGAUCCUACUAAAAUGAGAUGAAUUUUUUCAAAGCUAUCAACGUGGUAUUUAUAGACUAGCAUGUAGCAUAUACAAUCAGCAGCUUUUCUUCUCAUUCAGGAAAUCAGACAUGUAUAUCCAUUUGGAAGCAUCAACAAGAAUAACAUUUAUUUUAUGUCACUGUUCAGGAUGGACAUAACUAACAUAGUUCUUUCCUUGUAGCAUAGCUAAGAAAUUCAUAGCUGAGUAUUAUUUCUAGAUGAUUUACAGACUUGAAGUACCUUGAGUGUAAUAUAACAAUUACUGUGUAAGUUAUGUCCUAAUCAUUGAACAGUUCACAGUACUGCUUUGCCAAAUAAAAUCAAAAACAAAAAGGUGUGGCAAAUAAUGUUUUCAAUAGAGAUCUCUUGGGUAGUUGAGAGGUUGCUAAAAUAUUUCUACCAAUAAUUCACUUUCCCCUAUAUAGAAGUCAUCUUGCAUUGGAAAAACUGUACUGAUCAACCAGCUUCAGAGUUUCUGAAGUGUCCCAGAAAACAGCUAAAAAUAUUACAAAGACUAAAUAAUCCAACCCCACUAACCUUUAACAGAUUCUGGGAAAGAACCAUGUGCUUUAAAUUCAACUGUUAUUCCAUAUGAUAGCAAUGUCAAUUACAUUGAUGAAUAAGCCUAUACAUUUCUAUAACAACUUCUGAAGUCUAUUUUGUUCAGUGAAAAAUGAAUAUACACACUCAUGAUACAAGGAAAGCCCAAUGAUUCUGAUUUUAAAAAGCAAUUCAAAUUUAAGUCAUCUUCAUAGCAAUUAGAUGCCAUUUGAAAAAAUGUGUGAAUACACCAAAUAUUUCAAUUUGUUAAUCCUGAAUCUCUGAUGAUCUACUUGGGAAGCCAUUUUAGGUAUUGCUUUGAACAAAAUAAUUUAUUUGGGAUUUGUUUUGGACAAAAUAAUUUAUUUGGGAUUUGACUAGAAUAACUUUGAGAAAAAGGAAGCUUUUAAAAAAAACAAAAAAAAAAACCUUAACCCAAAGUCUUCUGAAAGAGAUGCAAAUUUUGCUCUUUCCCUAAUUGAAUAAAAACAACUAUUCUCCCUCAUUUUCUUUAUCACCAAUUAGAGUCACAAAAACAUAUUUUAUUUAAAUAACUCAAUGACCUUCUAUAAAUAAUUUUAUACAUUUAAUUUAUAAUAGUUGUUUAACAGUUAAUUUGUACUCCGCAACUAAUUUAUGAAGCCAUGUAACAUUUAUAGUCAAAUAUAUAGGGUAGUAAAAAGUUACAUGAAAUACUUUGGGUGUAGCAUCCAUUCUUUAAUUUUCUAGAACUACUACUGCAUAUAAUGAAUUAACCCUAAUUAAAUAAAUAUUUUAUAAUUACAGAGGAGUCAGCUUUAAAAUGUUACUUGAAUUAUUGAAAUCCUGACUUCAUAUGGCCUUUAUAAAACAUGAGCUAAUGCAGGUUUAGGGAAAUAGCUAGGUUUAAGCAUUAUAAACACAGAUUUUAAAUUUAAAAGAGUUCAGGUUACACAGUUCUGGGAAGAAAUCUAAUGCCAGUCAGAAAUAAAAA